AUGUAUUUCCGCACCCUUACCUUGCUAGGGUGCGUUCCAAUUGCUCUUGGACACAAUUUCUAUGUUUCACCUGAUGGCUGUGAGGGAAAUUGUUCUUCUGGAACGACAUGGAGCCUUCAAGGCGCCAAGGAGGCCGUCCGUCAGUCAAUUGCCCGAGGCAUGACCGAAGAUAUAACUGUCCAUAUUGCCGACGGUAUAUACUAUCUUGACGAGCCACUCAGGUUCACAAGCGCAGAUUCUGGUCAAAAUGGGCAUACAGUAUUGUGGCAGGCAACUGGUUCCAAUGCGAUGAUUUCAGGCGGCCACCAAAUCACUGCAUGGACUCGCAACUCCACGAAUUCCAUUUGGGAGGCCACGGUGCCCAUAGGCACGAAGUCCCGCAAUCUCUAUGUGAACGGAUGGGCAGCCAAUUAUGCCCGGCAUGAACUCAAUCGCACCUAUUUCACGGCGACCAAUACCAGCUUCAUGUGGAAUAGUUCCGAGUACGAUUGGCUCAUGACUACACCAGGCAUCGCACAUGCCGAGCUACGCCAGAUCGGCUCUUUUACCGACCGAUAUGCCCCAAUUGCAGCAGUUGGUGAGCGGGAGCUCAUCAUGAGCCAGUGGUCCUGGCACAACCAAGUCGAAGGUUACGAUGAUUUUGUCGAUCCUUACGCCGACUUCGGCUUGUUUGUCCAGAAUGCAUUGCCUCUCCUGGAUGAAGGAGGAGAGUUCUAUCUGGACUCGGACAGAGGAAAGGUUUACUAUAUGCCUCUGGAUGGAGAGGACAUGUCCACUGCCGAGACGUUUCUAGGCCUCCUAGAGGCUAUCGUGGUUAUCGGGGGAAGCCUUGAUGAUCCGGCACAUGACAUUUCCAUGCAGGGCCUUAACUUCGUACGUGUUAUCCCUAGUUCCUGA